AUGAAGGGUGCAAAGGCUGAAGAGGCUUCCAUGGGCAUGCUAGAGACAGGCUUCACUACAACAGACUGCCUGCAAGAGGUAGAAAUAGGUAAAAAGCUCCAAGGAAAAUGUCUCAGGAUUGUCUCCCCUGAGUCUCCUGCUAAACUCUACGGCUGCUAUGCAGUGAUCAUGGUCCUCACUGUGGCUGUAAUUACACUUUCUGUUACACUGUCAGUGAAACCAUCCAUUGAGAGCCCUGGAUCUUACUAUGCCACCUGCCCAAGAAACUGGAUUGGAUUUGGAAGUAAAUGUUUUUAUUUUUCUGAAGACAUGAGAAACUGGACAUUUAGCCAGACCUCCUGCAUGGCACAAGAGGCCCAUCUAGCGCUAUUUGAGAGCCUGGAGGAGCUGAAUUUCCUGAAGAGAUACAAGGGGAAUUCUGACCACUGGAUCGGCCUGCACAGAGAGUCACCAGAGCACCCUUGGAGGUGGACAGACAACACUGAGUAUAACAACUUGGUUCUCACCCGAGGAGGAGGAGAAUAUGCCUACCUGAAUGAAAGCGGGAUCAGGAGUGCCAGGGACUACACGCAUAAGAAGUGGAUUUGCAGCAAGUCCAACAGAUACACUUUACAGUGCCCAGAAAUUUUAAAUCCAGGGUAG